AUGGCAGACUACAGCAACAUCCCUGACUUCGACUCGCUCCCACCAGUCAAGGACAUGCCGCAAGGCUGCGCAUGGGGCGUCUUCGAUAAAGACGGAAAAAAGGACCAUCUGGGCUGCCUCAACCUCCUCACGCCCAAAGUGGUGCAGUCAGCCUUCAAAGAAGCGCGCGACGGCAUUUCCAUCUCACUCAACUGGCCGAUCGGGGCGAUCAACAAACCCGGGUUCGCCCGCAAGGGACUCGAACACAAAGUGAUAUCGUUCCAAGAAGGCCCCUUCGGGCUGUGGGGGUUCGACGACGAACUGGAAUUCAACACGCAAUGCUCCUCGCAAUGGGACAGCCUGGUGCAUUUCGCCCACCAGCCCACCGGCCUCAGCUACAACGGCGUCCAGCCGACCCGGGAAGCCCUGGUCCAAAGCUUCGGCCAAGUCGACGUCGACAAGGCCCUGCCCACCCUCAACCACUGGCACGACCGGGGCGGACUGGUCGGCCGCGGCGUGUUGCUUGACUACCGCGCCUACGCGGAGGCCAAGGGCAUCGCGUAUGAUUGUUUCGACUCGCAUGCCAUCACGGUCCAGACGCUCGAGGACGUCGCACGACAUCAAGGCACCGAGUUCAAGUUCGGCGAUAUCCUGAUCGUUCGUACGGGAUUUACUGAGGACCUGGGCGGUGCGUCUGCCGAGGACCAGGAACGUAUGCUCGGCACGCACAAGGCUGUCGGGCUCAAGGGCAAUAAAGAGACGGCCAGGUGGAUCUGGAACCAUCACUUCGCCGCCGUCGCGGGUGAUGCUAUCGCGUUCGAGGUCCUGCCUCCUGUCAUCGAGGAGGAGGGUGAUCGGACGGGCACUAUUGCGGAAUUAGUACUUCAUCAAUACUUCCUCUCCCUCUUCGGCCUUAAUAUUGGCGAACUAUGGGACCUGAAGGCGCUGAGCGCGCAUUGCAAGAACGUCGGCCGCUACGAGUUCCUACUGACCAGCGUUCCGCUCAACGUGCCCGGUGGCAUUGGCAGCCCGCCUAACGCUUUGGCCAUCUUCUGA